AUUUUUAUAGUUUGAUCGGGCAACUAAUUUGUUUAUGUUUUGAUUCAUGUUCACAACUUUAUUUUUGUUUUGAAUUUAUGAAAGUAUACGUUUUAUUGGAUAACGUAUCACACUUUGAAGAAAUGAUAUAAGAAUUAUUUUAUCCUAUCUUGAUAUCAUAAAGAAGUGUGUACUUUCAAAGCAGUUACGCAGUAAGCAAGCAGCAUGGGCUAACAAAACUAAGAGGUUAUCUACCAAGAAGGUGUUAAUCCAAUAAGCAACCUUUACUCCGUUGCUAUAGAAACAUUAUGAAAAGGAAUAGUUUGAUCGAAUUCUUUGAAGGUUUCGAUAACAUCCAAAAAAGGAUUAAAAUUAGCCUGAGCGAAGGCAAUUCUAAAAUGUUCAGGAACACGAUUUGGUAUCGUUCGUUACUGGACGCAGAGAAAUCGUGUCUAAAAGAGGAUAAAAUAAAAAAGAUUCACUACAAGUUCCAAGAUGACAAGGAAAUGGUGGAAGAGUACAAUGUUGAUACGCAAGUACUACUGCGCCGCGCUUGGAAAGUGAAGGGAAAACUUGGGGGCGACGGAAAGUGGGAAGUCGAGAUUGGUGACCCGAUUCCUGAUGCUACUCCUCGUAUCGAAGGAGCUGGAGCCGAUAUCAUGGAGAGUAAGGACCAGCCUAUGUUGACCAGAAGAAACACAAGGGUUAAUUUGGAGUGGAGGAUCAGGAACUUGCCUUAUCCUAUUGAUACCUACUCAGUGAGCGCUAACAAUGAUGAAAGAUCCAUUGUGAUACGCACAUCCAAUAAAAAGUACUUCAAACGACUCCAAGUGCCCGAGCUGGACAGACUGAACUUACCUUUAGAACAGGCAAACAUUCAAUGUAGUCAUGCCUUCAAUACUUUGAUUAUUACCUACAAGAAGCCUCAACCACUAUUGGAUAUGGAUAAGGAGUGGUACCUAGAGCUGAAUAAAGUCAAACCUAUCAAAGAUAUCCCAAAUGACUGUAAAACACAGUAAAAUAUUUAUGUUAAAA